AGUUACAAAAAACCCUGCUUUAAGUCGCAAUUCUGCAAAUAUUUUUAUUUUAAAAAGAAAAGUGCAAAGAAUUCAACUAUUAAAUAAUUUACGCACAAUUUGCUGCAUAAUAAAGCAAUGUAUCAAGAAUAUUUAAACCAACUACAAAUAUCAUUAGCCCCCCUCUCAUCGGAUGAACUCAAGGAUUUGCUCAACGAUGACGAAAAGCUUGAUGAGAAAGUAAAUGAAGUUUUAGAAACCCUUAAAACUCAAAAGGACAAUUUACUCAUCGAAAACCGCACCAAAGCUGAGAGCAACAUUGAAAAAGAACCAAAGAUCAUCGAAUUACGUGGGAAAGUAAAUGAAUUACUUGAGGAAGCUAAGGCUCAUUGUGAAGCUGUUCAAGAAAAAUUAGCAGAAGUGAAGGCUAAGUCCGGAGACGUUAGUCAAGAAACAGCCUUAGCUUUAUUACAAACAGCCGCUGCCGAAAGUGAAGAGGCAACCGACGCCUCAAUUAAACAGUUGACAGACAAUGAAAUUGGUGUGGAAGCAUUUCUAGAUGAUUUUCUAGUUGCCCGUAAAACAAUGCACCUACGAAAGCUCAAAGCAGAGAAAAUGCAAGAGAUAAUGCGCAGACAAACACAAGCCGCUCAGCGUGGAAGUAUUGGGAAUGUAAUGCCUGGGUAUGGAAAUUUGCUCCCGAAUAGUGGAUUUUAUCCUGCUCCCGGUUUACCUGGAAUGGGCGGCGGCAGUGUACCCUAUCCAUUGGGUCCAAUGAUGCCUAUGCCACCUCCACGUCCAUAUUAACAGCCACAUUUGUAUGUGCUUUCGUGCACUGCCUUUGGACAAUUUUGUAGUAUCGCAAUUACAAAUUUCGACGUCACGAUAAGAUUAAACCUUUUAAAUAGACAUCUUGUAUUGUUAAAAUGUUACAAAUUGCAGAGAGGGGUUACUUAACAAUAGAAUACCUAAUAAAUUUAUUUACAAAAUAAAAA